AUGCUCCUCUAUGUGUGGUGGUGGUGUGAUGUUGGUGGGUAUGUGAAUGGACAAUAUGUGAUUUUGCCUAUUAAUGGGUUGUUAUAUGAUGUGUAUAAGAAAGAAUGUGAUUGGUUAAGUGGUGUUAUGGUUGCAGACGGAGAUAUCUCCGUGAGUGAUGAAGAAAUCAACAUGGAGUAUGUGCGGAGGAUUAAAAGAGUAGAGGUGGAGAUUGCAUUAAAGAAAAUGACGCCUAAGAAGGCGGUUGACCCUGAUGGUAUACCGAUGGAGACCUCUAUAAUAAGAUAUGGAGGGCUACGGAGGAUCCCGCAAGAUUGGAGGAAGAGCACCUUGGUCCCGGUUUAUAAAAACAAAAGAGACGCUCAGGGUUGUUCUAACUAUCAAGGGAUCAAGCUUAUGAGCCCUAUGAAGUUGUGGGAAAGAGUGAUUGAACAUAGGUUGAGGGCAUGCACAAACAUUUCGGAUAACCAAUUUGGUUUUAUGCCUGGGAGAUCUACUAUGGAAGCAUUCCAUUUGAUAAGACAAAUGAUGGAGUUUUAUCGGGUAAAGAAGAAGGAUAUUCAUAUGGUCUUUAUUGAUUUGGAGAAGGCAUAUGACAAGGUGCCAAGAGAGGUACUUUGGUGGGCAAUGUUGAAGAAAGGGUCUGCAUUGAGCCCUUUUCUUUUUGCAACGGUUCUAGAUGAAAUAACUAGACUAAUUCAAGAUAAGGUUCCAUGGUGUAUGUUGUUUGCGGAUGAUGUGGUUUUGGUGGAUGAAACUAAAGAUGGGGUUAAUGACAAGUUGGAGAAAUGGAGGCAAAGGUUGGAAUCUAGAGGGUUUAAGCUAGUUCGGAGUAAGACUGAAUAUUUGGUAUGUCGCUUUGGUACUCAAAGGGGGACAAGUAAUGAAGUGGUGAGUUUGGAUGGAAAGGAAUUGACCAUGAGUGAAUGUUUAAGUAUCUUGGGUCGAUCAUCCAGAAAAAUGGUGACAUUGAUCAAGACGUGGCCCACAGGAUUAAGUCGGGGUGACUUAAAUGGAGAGCGGACAUGGGAGUGUUAUGUGACUGAAGCAUUCCCUUACACUUGA